GGAUUUCUACCUUGGUAAAGGUAUAUGGGACAAGAAUUGACUGGAAAGCUGUUUUUAGGAUGCCUGAAGAUGAUGAAAAAGUUACGCUCCGUCGAAUUGAACCUGCCAUUCAGAAAUUCAUUAAAGUGGCGAUUCCAACAGAUUUGGAGAGGUUAAGAAAACAUCAAAUAAAUAUUGAGAAGUAUCAAAGAUGCAGGCUCUGGGGCAGAUUACAUGAAGAGCACAUCAAUGCAGGACGGACAGUUCAGCAACUACGAGCCAAUAUGAGAGAGAUGGAGAAACUUUGUUUGCGAGUCCGGCAGGAAGACAUCCCAAUUCUGCAAAGAAUGAUAAAUCCAGUUAAAGAGGAAGCUUCAUUUGCCAUAAAAGAGUUCCUACAGCUCCAUUCUGAAUCUGCAGAAGAACUUAAAAGGCAACUUGAAAGACAGGAAGAUACCUCUUUAACCAGAUCUGCAACUGUAGGAGGAGGUAAAACUUUAUAUAACACUGAAGGGAAGGAUGGCUCCCAAAGUUUAAGCCAGAUGUAUUCCCCUCUUCCUGAAAUACCUCAGGAUGAAAAUGCAGCUGAGUCAUGGGAAAAUUUAGAGGAGGACUUGAUUCAGCUUAACCAGUUGGUGACUGAAUUUUCUCUAUUAGUCAGUUCUCAGCAGGAGAAGAUUGACAGGAUUGAAGACCAUGUCAACAGUGCUGCUGUGAACGUUGAAGAGGGAACCAAAAACUUAGGGAAGGCUGCAAAAUACAAGCUGGCAGCUCUGCCUGUUGCAGGUGCAAUCAUUGGUGGAGUGGUGGGGGGUCCUGUUGGUCUCCUCGCAGGCUUCAAAGUGGCAGGAAUUGCAGCUGCGCUUGGUGGUGGGAUUUUAGGUUUCACAGGUGGAAAAUUGAUACAAAGAAGAAAACAGAAAAUGAUUGAGCAGUUCUCUUCCAGCUGUCCAGAGCUUUCUCGCCAAAGUGCCAAAAAAUCCAACUGAAGUAUAGUUUCCUUAUGACUAGGAACAGAAGAAUAGUAGUCAUGAUGAUGACAGGCAAGGCUGAGUUGUGUUAAUUUUGACAACAGAACUGAUGUUCGGGGGUGCGUGAUAUGGUAAUGUCAGAACUUAGGGGGCUUUUCCUUUUUAGAUAUGAUAGGGAACAUCAAUCCUGCAACUUGGAGAACUGUGUAGGUGGCUUUUAUUUAUAAAAUUCUUAGGCGAGGCAUACCCACAGCUGUAAUGAUGGAUGACAGGUGCUAAGGCAUUUGGAAAACUGUAACGUUUUCCUGAGGAAAGGCACGCAGAAGUUGGAGCGUUUAUUGUAGGAUUCCAAAGAUGAGAGCAUAAACUCGCAUCCAUCUUUCUUCUUUGCAGUACUUUUAAGAUUUACUUUCAUUUCUUUUGUAUUCCAAACCUCCUCCUGUAUAUAGCCCUUUGUAUAAACGAUUAUACCUGUUCAAUAACUGCACACGAAAGCCCUUUGUAUAAACGAUUAUACCUGUUUAUACCUGCACACGAAAGCAUUUGCUGUCAUGAGAAGAGUUAGAACAUAGGGUCAGCAUUGUGAAAAAACUCACAUAUACCCAGCACCUGUCUGCAUCAGCCAGCUGAGAUCAGCACCAGCUUUUCCCUUUUUCAGGUGCUACAAAUUUUUUUGGUUUUAAUUGCAAACACCCAUCUUGUUCAAAGUGUAGUUAGGAGUGAAAUAGCCUAAGAAACAAACACUGCAGGCUUGCUCCUGGAGAACAGUCAAUUUCCAUGACUGUUCCCAGCUCCUAGCCUUGUCAUGAGAACUGCUGUACAGGAUUAAGUGCUAAACUGUGGAAUUUUGAGCCAGGAACUGCAGCCUAUUUAGGUGGUGCGCACGGUUUACAUCCUUACUUUGCCUUUUAAGAAUGCAUUUACUUCUGCAGCUUCUCUGUUUGGAUUACAGGAGUGUUAACGGGUUCUCAUUUUCACAUAAUCUUACUCUGUAUCAUGAGAAGGUCCUAUCUCCAUCCUUCUAGGACAGUUCCUGUACUAUUGCUGCUACUGCUUGGGAAAAGGGAAAUACAGGUUGGAAAACUGCUUUUUGAAGUUUUUUAAUUAUCAGUUCUUCUGAGCCCUGCAAGAUAAUACUUGAGCCCAGUUGUAUUUGAGUGAACUAUCGGUCAGUGCUCAGUGAUGGGACUCCCGAGCAGGCAUAAGACGCUGUAACAGGGAACGCUGUAUUGGAAAGCGUACUGUAACAAGAGGAGAUCUCUUCUAAGCAACACUUUUGAUAUCAUCGUUGGAAAUAACUGUCUGCUAAUGGCAGAUGAUUUUUUUUUUGUGCCUGGAUAUACUGCAAGCAACUGCUUGUUACAGCAUAAGUAUCUUUCUGAACAGUUCUUGCUUAGUAUUUUUAAAAUAAAAAUAUGAUCAAAAUUGCUAUCAGUCAGAACAUCUUGUCUAUUUUAAGUAGGGCUGAGGCUCAGGGAAGCAAUGUGGGCAAGAAUAGUUUUCACAAGUAAUCACUAACAUUGUCAAAACUGCAUGUGUUAAAACCACAGUGCCUACAUCUGUAAAGUCAGCUGGCGUGGAAAACAUGACUUGAGUUAUCCAGCUCAUUUGCUCAUGUCAUGCAAAAAAAUACUUUCUUUUCUGCUCUGGACUUACACCCAUUUAAUGAGCUUGUAACAACUGCAUACUAAGGUUGUUCAUUCCUUUGCUCAAUAAUUUCUAAUUUAAGGAAGAAAUUGAAAAAAGUAUGAUCUUUGUAAACUGUGAUUGAUUCUUUGAUUUUAAAAGGUUGUGUCUGCUUUCCUACUCUAUGCACAUACCUUUGUGCAUUUGAAUGACAGCAGCCAUGUCAGAGACGUUACAGACACCACCCUCUCCCCCAAGCUGGACUAAAGCCAAGACAAUCGAUGCUCACAGAUGGAAUUACUGUCACAAAUUACACAGAGUCAGCUUAGUAUUUGUUUGUUUUAUGAAGUGUCUAGCACAAAAAUUGUUCUUCUUACUUACAUCUUUAAGGAAGCAAUUUCCAAGUUUAGCGUGUAUACAAUGUUUUUGGAUGGUUUUAUUUAAACUAUGCUUUUUUUGAAAUAGAUAGGUUAUUUACAUAUUUAAGGAAAUAGGGGUAUCUGAAUAACCAAACUAGCAUUUAAAUUGCUAGGGAUGUUAGUCAGAAGAUAUAUGAGAUAUACAUAAUUCUUUCAGACGAAAUAAAAGCUUUUCCCUAUCA